CUUUGAAGUGGCUUUAUCGUUGGUACUAGCAAAGGGAUGACUAUGGAGCCCGAAAUCUCAAUUUCCACCUCCAACUCCAAACCUCCUUCCAAGCCUUCUUCCAAACGUCUACUCUUCGAUCGCCGUUACGGUUGGGUAUUCGACGAAUGGAAAGAUCCAUCCCAAGAAGCACUUUCCGGCGGCCGAGGCAUGUUUUGUAUAUUGCCAUUGGCGACAGCUUUACUGAAGAUGGCUUCGCAAUCGAUUAACCUUGCAGCAAACACUGCGGUUAAAGUUCUUGAAAGGCCAAACCUUCUAUCACCACAGGAACUGAAAGCUAGUUUUGAUGAUCGAUUUCACAAAUUUAUGUCUUCGAUACAAAAACCAGAAUUCAACUUGUUCGCCAUCAAAGGAAAUUCGACAUUGCAUGCUACUGAGUCCUCCUCACAUCCACAUGCAAGAAGCAGUGAGUCACAAAUGGCUAGUACAACUUAAGUUUACAAAUUUGUGUAGCACAAUAUCAAUUUUGUUGUGUAUUGGAUUGAUAUCGGGCAUGUAAACGGUUUUGAUUAUGUGGCAUUGGUUAUUAUAAUGAUGGAGAUGGUGAAUCUAAUUUUGAUAGUGUCUUCUAUCUCAAA